CUGGGGUAAAAUGGAAGUUUAUUUGAACUCCUUGGAUUUUCCUUUUAUAUUGUUCUACCUUUGGAUUGGAAUGACAUUUUCAUUGAAUCUUGAAGACCCCAAUGUUUGCAGCCAUUGGGAAAGUUAUUCAGUGACAGUACAAGAAUCAUAUCCACAUCCCUUUGAUCAGAUUUACUAUACCAGCUGUACUGACAUCCUAAAUUGGUUUAAGUGUACACGACACAGAGUUAGCUAUCGUACAGCCUAUCGACAUGGAGAAAAAACUAUGUACAGACGUAAAUCCCAGUGUUGUCCUGGAUUUUAUGAAAGCAUGGAAAUAUGUAUUCCUCACUGUGCUGAUAAAUGUGUUCAUGGCCGCUGUAUUGCUCCAAACACCUGUCAGUGUGAGCCUGGCUGGGGCGGAACCAACUGCUCUAGUGCCUGUGACCGUGACCACUGGGGUCCUCACUGCAGCAGUCGCUGCCAAUGUAAAAAUGGAGCCUUGUGCAAUCCCAUCACAGGGGCCUGUCACUGUGCAUCAGGCUUCAAGGGUUGGCGCUGUGAAGAUCAUUGUGAUCAGGGCACCUAUGGGAAUGACUGCCACCAGAAGUGUCAGUGUCAGAAUGGAGCAACCUGUGAUCAUAUAACUGGAGAAUGUAGAUGUCCUCCUGGAUAUACUGGAGCUUUCUGUGAGGAUCUUUGCCCUCCUGGCAAGCAUGGGUCACAAUGUGAAGAGAGAUGCCCCUGUCAAAAUGGAGGAGUGUGUCAUCAUGUCACUGGUGAAUGUUCUUGCCCUAAUGGUUGGAUGGGCACAGUGUGUGGUCAGCCUUGCCCUGAAGGUCGCUUUGGAAAGAAUUGUUCCCAGGAGUGCCAAUGCCAUAAUGGAGGGACCUGUGACUCAGCCACAGGUCAAUGUCACUGCAGUCCAGGCUAUACUGGAGAACGGUGCCAGGAUGAGUGCCCAGUUGGGACCUUUGGAAUGCGGUGUGCUGAGAUCUGCCAGUGCAUGAAUGGUGGGAAGUGUUACCACAUCAGUGGGGCCUGCCUCUGUGAACCUGGCUUUACUGGAGAGCACUGUGAGGAAAGGCUGUGUAAUGAAGGAGUCUAUGGCAUCAAAUGUGACAGAAAAUGUCCGUGUCAUUUGAAGACUACCCACAGCUGUCAUCCUGUUUCUGGAGAAUGUUCUUGUAAACCUGGAUGGUCUGGACUCUAUUGCAAUGAGACAUGUACACCUGGAUUCUAUGGGAAAUCCUGUCAACAAUUAUGCAGCUGCCAGAAUGGUGCUGACUGUGACGGUGUGACCGGGAAAUGCUUUUGUGCACCUGGAUUUAAGGAUGCUACUUGUUCCACUCCUUGUUCUCUAGGGACCUAUGGCAUAAAUUGUUCUUCUCAGUGCAAUUGUAAAAAUGAAGCCACUUGCUCUCCAGUAGAUGGUUCUUGUACCUGUAAAGCAGGUUGGCAUGGUGUGGAUUGCUCCAUCAACUGUCCCAGUGGCAAAUGGGGCUUUGGCUGCAACUCAACUUGCGAAUGCCUAAAUGGAGGAGCUUGCAGUCCUCUGGAUGGGACCUGUACCUGUGCUCCUGGGUGGCGAGGGGAAAAAUGUGAAUUUGCUUGCCAGGAUGGAACAUAUGGGCUGAACUGCAUGGAGCGCUGUGACUGUAGUCAUGCUGACGGCUGUCAUCCCACCACUGGUUAUUGCCAUUGUCUCCCUGGAUGGUCAGGUAUCCAUUGUGACAGUGUGUGCGCUGAAGGGCACUGGGGCCCUAACUGCUCACUGCCCUGUUACUGCAAAAAUGGAGCAUCCUGCUCACCCGAUGAUGGGAUCUGUGAAUGUGCACCUGGUUUCAGAGGCACCACUUGUCAAAGGAUUUGUUUACCUGGAUUUUAUGGGCAUCGUUGUAGCCAGAAAUGUCCUAAAUGUGUGCAUAGCAGUGGACCAUGCCACCAUAUCACUGGACUGUGUGAUUGCUUACCUGGCUUCACAGGAGCUCUUUGUAAUGAAGUUUGUCCCAGUGGUAGAUUUGGAAAAAAUUGUGGGGGAAUUUGCACAUGUACCAACAAUGGAACCUGUAAUCCCAUUGACAGAUCUUGCCAGUGCUACCCUGGUUGGAUUGGUAGUGACUGCUCUCAGCCCUGCCCACCAGCCCACUGGGGUCCAAACUGUAUCCAUACAUGCAACUGCCACAAUGGGGCCUAUUGCAGUGCCUAUGAUGGAGAAUGCAAAUGUACAGCAGGUUGGACAGGUCUCUACUGCACCCAGAGAUGCCCUCUGGGGUUUUAUGGAAAAGAUUGUGCAUUAAUAUGCCAGUGUCAAAACGGAGCUGAUUGUGACCAUAUCUCAGGACAAUGCACUUGCCGCACUGGAUUCAUGGGGAAACACUGUGAACAGAAGUGUCCUUCAGGAACAUAUGGCUAUGGCUGUCGUCAAAUAUGUGACUGUCUAAACAAUUCUACUUGUGACCAUAUUACAGGAACUUGUUACUGCAGUCCAGGCUGGAAGGGUACAAGAUGUGAUCAAGCUGGCAUUUUAAUAGUUGGAAACUUGAACAGUUUAAGCAGAACAAGUACUGCUAACCCUGCUCAUUCUUAUCAGAUCGCGGCUAUUGCAGGCAUCAUUAUUCUUGUCCUGGUUGUACUCUUCCUGCUGGCACUGUUCAUUAUUUAUAGACACAAACAGAAGGAGAAAGAAUCAAAUAUGCCAACAGUUACCUACACUCCUGCUAUGAGGGUCAUCACUGCAGAUUAUACUAUUUCAGAUACACUUCCUCAGAGUAAUGCUGGAAACAUUAAUAAUCAUUAUUUUACAAACCCCAGUUACCAUACACUCACUCAGUGUUCUACAUCACCUCACGUCAACAACCAAAACAGGAUGACAAUUGGAAAGUCAAAAAACAACCAGAUAUUUAUGAACAUAAAAAAUGUGGAGCCUGGAAAGCGAGGGCCUGUUGUGGACUACACGGGGACACUCCCAGUAGACUGGAAACAUGGAGGCUUCCACAAUGAGCUUGGUGCUUUUGGACUUGACAGAGAGUAUAUGAGGAAAUCCUUAAAAGAUUUAGUAAAGAAUUCUGAAUAUAAUUCAAGUAGCUGUUCACUAAACAGUUCUGAAAAUCCAUAUGCUACUAUUAAAGAUCCACCAGUAAUCAUACCGCAAAACUCAGAGAGUGGCUAUGUGGAAAUGAAGUCACCAGUACACAGAGACUCUCCAUAUGCUGAGAUCAGUAGCUCAGCUUCCACUAAUAAGAAUGUCUAUGAAGUUGAACCCACAAUGAUUAUUGUACAAGAAGUAUUAAGCAAUAAUGGACCUCUCAGCCAGGAUCCAUAUGACCUUCCAAAGAACAGCCACAUUCCAUGUCAUUAUGAUUUACUACCAACUCGAGACACUUCAUCAUCUCCUAAGAAAGAAGUCACUAGCAACAGCAGCAAUGAAUGAUAAUAUUUUAUUGGACAUGGUAGAACACUUUAAAGAACUCUAUCUUAGUUCUCCUCCUUGUACUUUGUCACCUUAUUUGGAUGCUAAUCAAUGUGAUAGAUAAAUGCUAAAUAGUAAGAUUCUCAAAAUUUUA